AUGGAAGCCCACAAUGUACUUUCCAAAGCAAACUUUCAAGUGAUCUCCUCCGGUACCGGGACAGCCGUCCGAUUACCAGGACCGUCAAUCGACAAGCCCAAUAUCUACGGUUUUGGUACACCGUACGAAGACAUAUACCAGGACUUGAUGAGGAAGGACCCGCGACUGUACACGGCAAAUGGGGUGCUGCAGAUGAUCGACCGAAAUCGGCAUAUUAAACGCGCACCUGAGAGGUGGCAGGAAACCCGAACAAUGGCCGAUGUAGUAAUUACCUGCGAAGAGAAAUGUUUCGACUCUGUUUGCAUAGACCUGCUUAAUAGAGGCGGAGAGCUGAACCGUCCUGUGCAUAUAAUUAACAUUGAGAUCAAGGACAAUGUCGAAGAAGCGCUCCUAGCAGGAAAGGCGAUCCUUGAUCUAGCAAGCGCCAUCGAGGAAAGCAACGAUUUGGAUAGCGAUAUGGAAGGCAUAUUGUCCAAGUGGCAAGAACGUCAUCCGCAUGGGGUGCUCCAUGCUUUGGCCUAUUAUUGA